CAAGGCACCGAGCCGUGCGGCGCGCAGCCUGCAGGAGGCUCACUAUGGCGAUGAGCAGUGGCGGCGGCGGCGUUUCGGAGCCGGAGGACUCGGUGCUGUUCCGGCGCGGAACGGGCCAGAGUGAUGAUUCUGACAUUUGGGAUGAUACAGCAUUGAUAAAAGCUUAUGACAAAGCUGUAGCGUCAUUUAAGCAUGCUCUGAAGAAUGGUGACAUUUGUGCAACUUCAGAUAAACCUAAAGUCACACCUAAAAGAAAACCUGUUAAGAAGAAUAAAUGCCAAAAGAAGAAGACCACAACUGCCUUAAAACAGUGGAAGGUUGGUGACAAAUGUUGUGCCAUUUGGUCGGAGGACGGCUGCGUCUACCCAGCUACAAUUGCUUCAGUUGAUUUUAAGAGAGAAACCUGUGUUGUGGUUUACACUGGAUAUGGAAACAGAGAAGAGCAAAAUCUGUCUGAUCUACUUUCCCCAACAUCUGAAGUGGCUAAUAACAUAGAACACAAUGCUCAGGAGAAUGAAAAUGAAAGUCAAGUUUCUACAGAUGAAAGUGAGAACUCCUCCAGGUCUCCUGGAAGUAAACCAAAUAAUAUCAAGUCAAAAGCUCAUCCUUGGAACUCCUUCCUCCCUCCGCCUCCCCCCAUGCCAGGAUCAGGAAUGGGACCUGGAAAGCCAGGUCUAAAAUUCAGUGGGCCGCCACCACCGCCACCGCCACUGCCACCCCUACCACCCCACUUCCUGUCAUGCUGGCUGCCCCCAUUUCCUUCUGGGCCACCAGUAAUUCCCCCACCACCUCCCAUAUGUCCAGAUUCUCUUGAUGAUGCUGAUGCCUUGGGAAGUAUGUUAAUCUCUUGGUACAUGAGUGGCUAUCAUACUGGCUACUACAUGGGCUUCAAGCAAAGUCAGAAAGAAGGAAGAUGCUCACAUUUCAAUUAAGGAGAACAUUCUUCUCUACACCAUUUGAGAAGAGAUUGCAUGCAACAGGCCCUGUCACUCCCGUAAGACUUUAGUGCAUCUGAGGAAGAGUGCCUCCUGACAUCCACCCAGCACAGCCGUCACACUCAGGACACUCCAAUGGCAACUCCAGGCCCACCCCAGCUCUGUCACCGUCCCAGUAACAGCCUGAGUCACGUUCCCCAAGGCAGGAUGCUUUUGGGGAGCACUUGUGUGCUUGUCUGUGACGUCUCUUCGGUGGGCUCAGAUCUAGAACACCCCCUCAGCCUUUGCCGUUUAAGCCAACAAUAUGCUUCAUGUGUCCAACCAAAGGGCCCUCCUCUUGGGUUCCUCAGACCCCUGCUCCUGCUGGGGCCUGUGUGUGCGUCCCAGGCAAGGCCCCAGCGGUCCGGCUGGGAACUGAUCAGGGCCCCACCCACAGAGGCCAGGACACGAACUACUCAGUAAAAUGGUAUCUUGUUGGGCAUUGCCUAAAACCUCUAUUACAAUAUGGCGCCUGGCGGAUGUUUGAGGGGCGUGUCUGCAGCUGCUGUGGUUAAGCUACCUAAGAUCAGACCACCGGCAGGGAUAGGUCCGCUUUAGUUCCAGACACAUGGACAGUGCAUGAUCCCUAUACUUUGCUUAAGAUGCCCCUGUGCGUGGUCCACCCAUGCCUGCAUGACCUUUUCGCUGAUUGGCUCCCCUACUGUGCAUGUCUUUUGUAAGCUUUAUAAGCCUGUACACUUCCUCAAUAAAGUAGUUCCUGCUUCGACAGAA